GUCUGCCUCUAGGUGGGGAAGAUGCAGGGCAAUAAGGGCUUCAACCUGGAGAAGCAGAACCACACUCCGCGGAAGCAGCACCAGCACCAGCAGCACCCGCCGCCGUCCAUCCCCGCCAACGGGCAGCAGGCCAACAGCCAGAAGCAGCUGUGUGCCUUAUUCCCCUCAGAUGAAGGCCUGACUAUUGACCUGAAGAAUUUCCGGAAACCUGGUGAAAAGACCUUCACCCAGAGAAGCCGCCUGUUUGUGGGAAAUCUGCCCCCGGAUAUUACAGAGGAAGAGAUGAGAAAGUUAUUUGAGAAGUAUGGCAAGGCAGGUGAAGUCUUCAUACACAAGGACAAAGGCUUUGGCUUUAUCAGGCUGGAAACUCGCACUCUGGCAGAGAUUGCAAAGGUGGAACUAGACAACAUGCCUCUACGUGGGAAGCAGCUGAGAGUGCGUUUUGCAUGCCACAGCGCAUCACUGACGGUCAGGAACCUGCCUCAGUUUGUGUCCAAUGAGCUCCUGGAGGAAGCCUUCUCAGUGUUUGGCCAGGUGGAAAGGGCUGUGGUUAUUGUGGAUGACAGAGGACGAUCCUCUGGGAAAGGCAUUGUGGAGUUCUCAGGGAAGCCUGCUGCUAGGAAAGCCCUGGAUAGAUGUAGUGAUGGGUCUUUCCUGCUAACUACAUUCCCUCGGCCUGUCACUGUGGAGCCCAUGGAUCAGUAUGAUGAUGAAGAGGGACUACCAGAGAAACUAGUCAUCAAAAACCAGCAGUAUCAUAAGGAGCGUGAGCAGCCUCCUCGAUUUGCACAGCCUGGCAGCUUUGAGUAUGAAUAUGCCAUGCGCUGGAAGGCUCUGAUAGAAAUGGAGAAGCAGCAGCAAGAACAAGUAGACCGCAACAUCAAGGAAGCUCGAGAGAAGCUGGAAAUGGAAAUGGAAGCAGCUCGCCAUGAGCACCAAGUUAUGCUUAUGCGGCAAGAUUUAAUGAGACGCCAGGAAGAGCUGAGGAGAAUGGAGGAAUUGCAUAACCAAGAAGUACAAAAACGUAAACAGUUGGAACUCAGGCAAGAGGAAGAACGCAGGCGCCGUGAGGAGGAAAUGAGAAGGCAGCAAGAAGAGAUGAUGCGACGCCAGCAGGAAGGCUUUAAGGGGAAUUUUGCUGAUGCAAGGGAGCCACCAGACAUGCGAAUGGGGCAGAUGAGUAUGGGAGGUACCAUUGGCAUGAACAAUAGAGGAGCUAUGGGUGGUACCAAUGUCCCAGCUGCUGCACCUCCUGCAACUGGUCCUGGAGCUAUGAUACCUGAUGGAGCCAUGGGAAUGACUCCACCACCGCCUGCAGAUCGCUUUGGCCAGGGUGGCGCAAUGGAAGGCCUCGGAGCGAUGGGAGGGAACCCACCUGCCUUUAACAGAGGAAAUCCAGGGGGUGAUUUUGGCCCUAACAAGCGUCGCAGAUACUAACAAGAUUAAGCUACCCCCUGCACGUGCCCCAAAGAGGAAAGGAAUCUUGGCAGGCCACACAGGGUUCAAUGAGGGUGGGUGGGGGGAAAAAGGGGAGGUUGGGUGGAGGGGAAAUAGUAAAAAUAGUUAAUUAGGACCUGUUUUGGUAAAGCCACUCUAGGAUAGGACAAGGGGGAGUGCAGUCUCACUGGUAAAGGUUUUAGAAAAUUUCAUGUGGUGCAUUCCUAUAAUUUCAGUGUGAAAAAUGGAUUCUGGGAGGCUGCCAUGGUUGUUCAGUAAUGAUAAAAUCUGGCAAGGACCCUAAUGCCUUGACCAUUCCAGGUUUCCUAUUUGCAGCCGGAGUCCUGAGACUAAACUAGAUAAAAUUGCAGUAUGUCUUGGCAUUUUUUUAGUGUAGUGUACCUUGCUUAAGAGCACAGGGAAGUCUCUGGAGAACUAGGGCAGCAUCUGGGUACUUUGCAGCUCCCAUGAUUCUGUAAAUUUAUAUAGCUCCAAAUGAUCCGUCACGUAGUGAAUUGAGGGAGAUUAUAUGUUCAUUUAUUUCUUUUUUUUUUUUUUUCUUUUUCCUAACUUGUAGUUAUUCUUUAUCUGGACCAUCUGUUUCUUUAAAGUAGAUGACUGUCAUGUGCAGCCUGAAUGGCUGGGAGGCUCUUGUUUGGAUGGAUUUUUUGAUAACGUGUUGUAUCACUGUUUAUUUUCACUGGUAGUAAAGUACAAUCUAUUGGACAAAGAUACUGUAUCUCAUGCUGAAGAUUUAACUGAAACAAAUGUUUGUAUAAUCUUAACCUUGCCUGUCUUUUGUGUAGAAGUACUACAAGAUUUUUCAUUUAGUGUAAACUGUUUGAACACAAGCUGUAAUUGUCCCAACUAACAAGUUUUGAGUUUGUCUGAGGAAUGUUACAGGAAUGCAUUAUUAAAGUGGAUUUUAAGCCUUUUUU